AUGAACGGGGUGUCCUCCUCGCAUACCACCGUCUCCAAGGACGACAUCUAUGAUCUUCUCGGCAUCGGCUACGGUCCAGCCCAUCUGGCCCUCUCGAUCGCCCUUCGAGAGUCGAACGAGGCCAACGAGGUCAACUUCAAAUCUCACUUCCUGGAGAGGCGCGGCCACUUUGCAUGGCACCCUGCCCUUCUCCUCCCCGGCUCUCAGCUCCAGGUUUCGCCUCUCAAGGAUCUGGUCACACUCCGUGAUCCCACCUCUACCUAUAGCUUCUACAACUAUCUUCAUUCGCAUGGCCGUCUCGCCCGCUACAUCAACAAGGAGCAAGGUGUUCCUAGUCGUCGCGAAUGGACUUCUUACCUCGCUUGGGCCGCGCGACGCAUGAACGAGGCUGUUUCGUACGGUCAAGAUGUCAUCUCCAUCGAGCCUCUCACCCUCGCCUCGGCUGCUCCGGACGCCAAGCAGGAAACGCUUACGGUCCGACCCGCCAGUGGAGAGGAGGCGGAUACGCUCUGCCUGUACCGCGUUCGCUGCCGGGACGAGGCCACGGGCCAGGUCGUCACUCGAUACACUCGCAACCUUUCGGUGGCUGUAGGCGGGGUUCCCAAGUUACCGCCCGCAUUCGAGACAGCCUAUGCAGAGCAGCAGCACAGCGCUUCCGGCUCGAUCCCACGCAUCGUCCACUCGGGCUUCUUCGUCCCUGCGCUCGCUACGCUUGAGCCUGCGCUGCACAAGGCUGCAGCCCUGCGUCGGCCCGAGUCGGAUGUCGCUGGUGGUGUACCGCUCGAGGACGCUUCUCGGCUACGCCUCGCCGUCAUCGGCGCGGGACAGUCGUCGACCGAGAUGCUGAUGAACCUGCACUCGCGCUUCCCCACCGCCAUUGUCACCAUGAUCUUCCGUGCUUCCGCGCUGGUGCCAUCGGACGAUACGGGCUUUGUCAACUCGGCCGCUUUCGACCCGGAACGCACCGACGAGUUCUGGCAGGCAAACGAGACGCAGCGUCGCAAGUGGCUGCAGGAGUUCAAGCGUACCAACUACUCGGUCGUUCGCACCGACUUGCUCAACGAGCUGCACGACUCGAUGUAUGACAAGUUUGAGGUGCCGCUCCCCGAGGAGCUCCAGGACCCUGCAGAGAGGGAACAGGGCCGGAUGGAGAUGCGCCGAUGCACAGAGGUUGACCAGGUGCGCUCUGUGAAAGAUGGGGUCGAGUUGACGCUGCGCGACAACUUGCGGAACGGCAAGCUCGAGACGGUGCGCUUCGACGCCGUGUUUGUUGGCACGGGCUUUGUUCGGUCUCCGUCGAAGAUGCCGUUCCUGGAGCAGCUCAAGCCGUUCUACCCGGCGCUGGAUUCCGAGUGGAUGGCGCGCGAUACCAUUGUCGACGAAGACGAGACGGCCAAGAUGGUGGAUGUUGAAGACGACGAGGUGGUCGAGCGCCGACGCGAGAACCUGCGCGGCAUCACGCGCGACUACCGACUCGUACCCGGCUCUUCGAUGCGCAGCAGUGUGCACAGCAGCAGCGGCAAGUCUUCCCCCGGCGCAUCAAGCGACGCCUCGUCCACGUCGUCCCAACAGACCCUGGCUAGCGAGGGUCCCCUCGAGCAUGCUUCACACUUGCCCGAACCUUCGCUGUAUGUCCUCGGCGGCAACGAGGCGACGCACGGUCUGUCCGACAGCCUGCUCUCCAUCGUCGCGCAUAGAGCGGGCGAGUUGACCGCCUCAUUGAUCCAGAGAUUGCCCAGGACGAGGCGAGGCACUGCUUCCACGAGUACCAGUGUUGGAACGAACGGGACUGUUGCAGCGGAGGGCAAGACGACGACAACAACAACAACGACGACAACGACGAUGACAAAGGCACGACAGGCGGCGGAGGUGGUCAACUCCAAGCUGGCUUCGCUGUCAGGAUUGCAGUUGAACGAGUCGCAGUCGUAG